GCCAGUUUUAUAAAUUUCAAAGAACGUGGAAUCUGUGGAAUGAGCAGAAAAGAGGAAUUGUAUGCGGUUUGUCCGUUGCUUGUACCACAAGACAGAAAUGAAAUGACUUAUGAUGGUUUUAUUAACAUAUAUGAUAAGACAUAUAGAUUAUGCAUUGCAAGGAAAAAUACAGAUUCUUUGAAAAGCAUUAGCCUCAGUUGCAGUUGGAGAUUGUGGAACAUUUUACAUCCUUAUAAAGAUGCCAUUAAACAUAAGCUGAAUCAGUGUGAGAAUCUUGCAUCAUUUCUAGUUGACUUUAAAAAUCUUACAGAAAAGUUAGUGAAAUGUAAUCAAGAUGAGCAUAUGAAGAAGUCCUUGCCUCUACACGUAUAUUCAUUGUUGAUGAGUGAACUUGAAGCAAUUGGUUGGGACAAGUUGAUGUUUGUCAAUGAGUUAUUUAAUGUUAUCAAACUAAAGGCAAGAGAUAUAAAAAAUCGAGAACAUGUCAUAACAAUUCAUAUUUUACAAGAGUAUCCCAACACAUCCCCUGUGUGUUCUGUAGAUCUACCACAACCAUUUCAUAUAAAGGACACAAGUAAUGAGAGUCCUGUGAAAGAUAUUUACACAACGUUUUGUAAGGUCAUUGACAAAUACCAAGAAUUCUGGAAUGUCAUGGAUGAAAUUGAUGAAAAAUGUUGGGUUCUUGAGCCAGAAAAUCCUAAAAGAGCGGACACUUUUAGACGCAUUGCUCUUGGUAGUAAUGCAUCCCUUUUGGUGAAAAUGAAUGUCUGUCAUGUGAAAGGCAUUCCAGAAUGUCAUUUUCUAGGGCCAGAUAGUCUCAUUGCAAACUUUAGACAAAACUUGUACAAAAAUCUUCAGGAUUGGAACGAUGAAAAAGAUAUUUUAGAGAAUAUGGAGAAUGUUCUGCUGACUAAAUUUCCUUCCCGUCAAACUAUGAAGAAAGAGGACUUCAACAUGGAAUGUGGUAUAUGUUACUCCUAUAGAUUAAAUGACGUCAUCCCCGAGAGUGCUUGCAAUGAUUCAAGAUGUGGACAACUAUUUCAUACUUCCUGCUUGUACGAGUGGCUACGAGGACUGUCAUCUUGUCGGCAAAGUUUCAAUAUCAUAUUUGGGGAAUGCCCAUAUUGUAACAAGCCAAUCACGGUCAAAGUCAAGUAAAGAACUGACCAACUCCUUACUAAAGCAAGUUGAUAUAAUAGAAUUGUUUGAAGCCCAGCGAGACCUAAAGCCCAUCCAGAUAAAGGUGUAAUGAAAGGUUUACAAGGAGUUACAACAGAUUGCAGUUUUUGAGAGUUCAUGAAAAUUGACUGAUUUUUCACUUUCAAAUUGAAAUAUUAUGACCAAUACCAAAAGUAUGGGAAAUAUUUUGUUGCCGUAUCCUUAUAAAUAUAGUAAUCUUGUCAUUAGCAGUUUUGCAUUAGAAAUCAAAAUUGACUAUCAGAA